AACACACACACACAUGCACACACUUAGUCACUCAGUCACAUGCAGGGUACGGCAGAAGUUGAACGUGUCUGAGGAGUGUUCGUUGAUCUAUGCGGUUGUGCAUUCGCUUGUGAGUGUGUGUGUGUGUGAGGGUGUGUGUGUGUGUGUGUGUGUGUGUGUGUGUGCGGGUGUCUGUGUGUGUAGGUGUGUGUGUGCGGUUGUGUGUUGGUGCAAGAGAGGGCAUCUGGUUUCGAAUAGGGAUAUUAGAUUACCCAAUGAGGGCUUAAUAGAGCUGGAGACACUGUGGAUCUCUUGAUUGUGGGUCUGGAGGAGGGAGGAGAGAGGCAGCAGCAGUGUGGGCAGACACAGACGCAGAGGAUACAGAGGAUACACCACAGAUCCUGCAGAAGGGGGAGCACCGAGACCCAGGUAAAGGGGAACCAAGACUUUCCCGGCUGGACAGAAGCAGCCCUCUCUGAAUGGUCGUUAGCCGGCAGCCGAGACACCCUGCUGGGAUCGACAACGCGGCGCUGGCUGGGGUGCCCUGCCUGCCACCCUGAGAGGGGGCCCCGUGGGUAGCUCCGGGGGCCGGCGAUGGAGGUGCCACUGGUCAACUUCGAGAACAUGGACGACGUAAACAUCAACCUGGGCGACCCCAACGACUCGGGGUACCCCACCUCCCCCACCUCCGAGGCGCCCGAGCAGCUGGCCGGGGCCACCAACCGCCGGCCGUCCACGCGCCAGUCUCCCCGGCGCGGCCGCCGUUCCCAGGGGGAGCUCUCCCCCGCCACAGGCCGCAAGGGGACCAGCAGCGGCAGCCUGAUCUCCAACCUCAAGCUGCUGAUCCACAGCGAGUCGCCCACCGACAGCGUCUUCAGCAAGGCGGUGCGGGACUGCUGCGACAACGAGGACUUCCUGCUGGAGAAGCAGGUGGUGGAGGUGCGCGACGAGAAGGUGGUGAUCAACGUGUCGGGCCUGAUGUACGAGACGCAGCUCAGCACCCUGAACCGCUUCCCGGAGUCGGUGCUGGGGUGCCCCGUGAAACGGAUCAAAUACUUUGACCACAUGAAGAACGAGUACUUCUUCGACCGCAACCGGCCGUCCUUUGACGGCAUUCUGUACUUCUACCAGUCGGGGGGGAAGCUCAAACGUCCAGCCAAUGUACCCUUAGAUGUUUUUGCCGCUGAGAUCGUGUUUUACGAGCUGGGGAACGAGGCGAUGGAGCAGUUCCGCGAGGACGAGGGCUUCGUCACCGAGGCGGAGGUCCUCCUGCCCACCAACGACAUCCACCGGCAGUUCUGGCUCCUGUUCGAGUACCCCGAGAGCUCCAGCGCCGCCCGCUCCGUGGCCCUUGUGUCCGUGAUGGUCAUCGUCAUCUCCAUCUUCAUCUUCUGCCUGGAGACACUACCGGAGUUCAGGGACGACCGAGACGUUGUGCCGAGCGUGACCCAGCUCAUCAACGGCACUGCGGUCACGUCCCUGGCCCACGUUCUCCCCAAGACCUUCAUGUCCUACAUGACGGACCCCUUCUUCGUGGUGGAGACCAUCUGCAUCGUCUGGUUCUGCUUUGAGCUCUGCGUGCGCUUCGUGGUGUGCCCCAGCAAGAGCGCCUUCUUCAACAACAUCAUGAACAUCAUCGACAUCGUCUCCAUCACGCCCUACUUCGUCACCUUGGGAACCGAGCUGGCCGCCGACCCGGACGAAGACCUCGACAGCAGCCAGAACGCCUCGCUGGCCAUCUUGCGGAUCAUCCGUCUCGUGCGCGUUUUCCGAAUCUUUAAACUCUCCCGACACUCCAAGGGGCUCCAGAUCCUGGGCCAGACCCUGAAGGCCAGCAUGCGCGAGCUGGGCCUUCUCAUCUUCUUCCUCUUCAUCGGCGUCAUCCUCUUCUCCAGUGCCAUCUACUUUGCCGAGGUAGACGAGCCGCACACCCAGUUCGUCAGCAUACCCGACGGCUUCUGGUGGGCCGUGGUCACCAUGACCACUGUGGGCUACGGCGACAUGUGUCCCAUCACCAUCGGGGGCAAGAUGGUGGGCACCCUGUGCGCCAUUGCCGGCGUGCUGACCAUCGCGCUGCCCGUCCCCGUCAUCGUAUCCAACUUCAACUACUUCUACCACCGCGAGACGGAGCAGGAGGAGAAGCAGAUCAUAGACGCUGCGACGGAGGCCACCCAGAAGUCCAUGGCGGCGGCGGCGGCGAGCAACAGGUACGGGAGCACGCCUUCGCUGACAAAGAGCAACGGCACCUGGCAGAAUGAGAAGAACGGCGUACAGUGACGGACAGAGACAGAGAGUGAGAGAGAGAGAGAGAGUUGGACGGGAGCAAGCCUGUUUGACAGUGGGAUGCGAACGUGUGUUCUCGGUUACUCGUGGUUACCGUGCCGCAUUGGAAAUGUACUGUAAGCAGUCAUGCAACGAACGACAGUAUUAUAAAGAUAUCGGACGGUGUGUCGGACAUGGGAACAGACGGUCUUAAGCGAGCUGCAUGUGGAUGUGUCAAAGUGUAUCCAAACACACCUCAGAAAAUAUGUUGGUGAGUGUCUUACAACAGACACGUCUUGAAAUGGAUAUGUGUUACGGUUAACUAAGGAAAUAAUGGGGUACGGGUAUUUCACUGUGUUACAUAGAUUACUAAAAAAAUAGCACAACACAAAGGCUUUAAUCUGACUAAUGUAGCCUUGAGCUGUGUCCUCGCUAAGGGCAGUGGAUAUUCCACAGUCAUGGCAUUCAUAAUGGAAGGAUAUACAAAGCUCCGAUUUCAUUCCAGCUCCACCAUGUGGUUUCCCAAGGACAGGAGGAUGUAUCUAUGGUGGAGGAGGGGGGAAUUGUAAGAGGAAAUUGGUUUAUAAUGUGUUACCAGUAAAUCUAUAGUCAUGAACGCUUAGCCAAUGCCACACAACACCUUUUACCAUGAUGCAAUGCAGCAAUAACUCUGCUUAAAGACGGCCAUUAACCUUGCAUGUAUGAGGACUGAAAUAUAGUGUAAAUCAUAACCUGCUUAGUGUACAGUAUGAUAAGAACUGUGUCUUGGGGCACAUGGUAGCCAUGUGUCUAAGGUAGCAAUUUCCGAUAACAAAACAAAAACAAAUUAUGUUUUUAUGUGACGUUAAUUUAAAUGUUUUGUUGUCAAAUUCACGAUUAUCUUUAUCGGUUGAUUGCAGAAAAUAUUUGGCGGGUUUAUUGGUUGAUCUAAAAGCUAUUCUGUUCAGUUUAUCAAUAAUAAGAUCACAUUUACUGAUUAUAACAAUUUAAACAUAAUAUGAAUGUAUGCUGAAACAACAUAUCAAAACAAGCACACUUUUACUACAAACUCAUAAGUCACCUAGUAAGCCUUGCGACAAUUACCAGCUUGUGUGGGUAAUAGAUAAACUCCUCAUAUACCAAACUAUAAUGGGAAUUUAACCAGCAGUUUUUGGGUGAAACCAUCAACAAAAAAAUAGAUUUUUCUCGAUUGGCUAAGAACAGAUUUACUGAACAUUGCAUUGUUGCUGCAUGGCUGUGCAAAAACAAGAUAGAAGUUUGAGGGGGAAAGUGAGGUAAAUAUGCUAAAUACGUUAAACAUGCUGUGCUUUCAUCAUGUUAAUCACUUGAUCCAGAAAGCCAAUACUUAUUGGGUAUUGGAAAUGUAAAACUUGCAAAGAGACGACAGGGAUUGGUCAUACAUAUGCAUGCCACAUGGUCACCACGUAUGGAGAGAGAAAUGCUGUACCUACAUGCCUUUUUGAUUACCUCACUGAUGCAAAUAUAAUGUACGGGCUGACAAACCCAUAGAAUAUCUUAAGGUUUCCGCCCAUUGGUGGAAACGGCAAUACAUGUAAUCGAUGAUGCAAUAAGUUUGCGAGGGUGACUUUAGUCAGUCACUCUUAUACAGCACUUUACUUGUAUUAAUUUUCUUAUUAUUAUUUAUUAUUGUUAUUGUUGUUCUUAUCGAAGCGCUUAUUAUAUAAGUAAUAACUAAUAGUACCUGUAUCCUUAUAUUUUAUUUAUCUUGUAAAGAGUGCCUUUUAUUAAAUGGUUAUCC